UCAUGAAUAUCAUAUUUUUGUUAUAAAACGGUGUUAAUUUCUGUAAAUAUUUAAAUUAUCUUUUUAUUAUUAAAAAACAAGAAUUUAAUUGAGGUGAGAGCAUAAUGUAUUUAAAGCUAUUAUCAUACUGUUUAUUUAAGUAUUACUUAAUAAGUAAUUAAAGUUGUAAAUCUUAAGUAUCUGAUAAGUAGUUUAUGAUCUCUGAUGUUAAGUUUUACUUUUCUUUUGAGAAAUCGUCAAAACCGUGUAAUACCUGUAGUAUUAACUAGUGCAUUUAAAAUGUCUUCAAAAUGUGUAGUUGCGGUGUGCCAAUUCACAGCCACACACGACAAAGAAAAGAAUUUUUCAAUUGCAAAAUCACUAAUUGAUGAAUCAGUUAAGAAACAAGCCAAGAUGGUAUUUCUACCAGAGGCUUCCGAUUAUAUUUCUCGGAAUAAGAGUGAAUUUAGGGAGUUAUCAGAACCUAUCAAUGGAUUUUUGAUAUCACAGUAUAAAGAUCUGGCGAAAGUAAACAAUAUCUGGCUAUCUAUAGGAGGUUUUCAUGAGAAAAUUGAUGAAAAAACUAUCUAUAAUUCACAUAUUAUUAUCAAUGACCUGGGGAAUAUAGCUGCUAUUUAUAGAAAGAUUCAUCUCUUUGAUGUGUCUAUACCUGAUAAAAAUAUUCACUUGAGGGAAUCUGAUAGCAAUGCUGGUGGUUCUCAAAUUGUUGCACCAAUACAGUCUCCUAUUGGAUGUCUAGGAUUACAAAUAUGUUAUGACUUGAGAUUUCCCGAACACAGCACAUUACUGAGAAAAUUAGGUGCGGAAAUACUAACGUUUCCGUCAGCUUUUACUAGCGGCACAGGAAAGGUUCAUUGGGAAGUCUUAUUGCGUGCUAGAGCCAUAGAAAAUCAGUGCUAUGUUAUUGCAGCUGCCCAAUAUGGGGCUCACAAUGAUAAAAGAACUUCAUACGGACAUUCGAUGAUUGUAGACCCGUGGGGACAAAUUCUGAGUGAAUGUCCUAAAUAUACAGAGGGUGUAAACACUGAUCAGAGUGUUGCUGUGGCUACAAUAGAUUUAGAUUUGGUGAAAAAAGUUAGGACUGAAAUGCCAGUAUUUUCUCAUAGAAGAAAUGAUAUUUACAGUUUGAACCUUAUAAAUACAGGUGAAGAAAUUGAUGAUGAAAAGAAUUAUACAUUUGCUGAUAAAAUUGUGCCAGGAAAAACAGUAUUCUACGUGUCUAAAUAUUGUUAUGCCUUUACAAAUAUCCGCUGUGUAGUCCCGGGACAGGUUCUUGUUUCAACUUUAAGAUUAGCAAAGAGACUUCAAGAUCUCAGCAAAGAAGAAAUUGCUGAUUUAUUUGAAACCGCAAUAAAAGUAUCUAAAAUUAUAGAGACAGUUCAUAAUGCUCAUUCCACAACUUUAUGUGUGCAGGAUGGUCCUUAUGCAGGCCAAACUGUAGCUCAAGUCCACACACAUGUUCUACCUCGCAAAAAAGGUGAUUUUGCUAAUAACGACGAUGUUUAUCUUCAUUUAGCUCGUCAUGAUAACAAAAAUAACAAAGACCCCUUCAGGAGUUUGGAGGAACGUAUUGAAGAAGCUGCUUUAUUGAGAAAAUAUUUUUACUAAAAUAUAUUUUGUUAUAGAUAUUAGAAUUGUAUAUUAAACGAUUAAAAAUUUGCACAAGC